AUGUCGCAGGCCAUCGCGGCUCUAGUCUACGCGGCGCAGGAGGCCCGGGACACAACGACGACGACGACAGCAGCCUCGCCUGCCACGAUAUCUUCGACGUUACCGCCCGUCAGCAACGACUACCCGUACCCGGAGACGGGGCUCCAACAGAUUGGCUUCUUUAUUCUCUUCUUCUUUCCGGCUUUGGCGCUUAUUGUGGUGGGAUUGAGGGUGUAUAGUCGAGUCAGCACAAAGCAGUUCGGAUGGGCACAGGCGGAGUCCAUCGCCGAGACGGGAGCAUCCUACAUGGGCAUGCGGUAUGGCUUCAUCGGCAUCCACGUCUACGACAUCCCUCUGGUUGCAGACAACCGCCUCGGCAGUUUGUGGAACUACAUCAUCCAGCUCCUCUACAACCCGAUCCUCGCCCUCGUCAAGACGUCGGUCCUCAUGUUCCUCCUCCGCCUGAGCGGGCAGAAGCGGCGCAUCCGCUUCGCCCUCAUCGGCCUCAACGUCUUCAACCUGACUCUGAUGGUCGCCAUCUUCGUCACCGUCAUCUUCCAAUGCCAACCCAUCAACUACUUCUGGGAGAAGGCGGGCCGGAACCCGCCCACGGAGGGGAAGUGCAUCGACAUGAACGCCUUCUACGUCAGCACCGCGUCCCUGACCAUCCUCACCGACGUGCUGGCCCUGGCGAUGCCGUUCUGGAUCUUUCUAGGACUCAAGAUGCCCACGAGGGUCAAGAUGGCUCUACUUGCCGUCUUUGCCCUGGGAGGAAUCGUCACCGCAAUCAGCAUCCUCCGCCUCCUCUGGCUCGUCGAAGUCGGCUACCACAUCAACACCACCGACCCGACCUACGACAUCCGCUUCACCUACUCCGCCGUCGAGACGAACCUCGCAAUCAUCACCGCCUCGGCCCCGGCUCUCCGCGGCCUCUUCCUCCGCUGGUUCCCCAAGUUCUUCGCCUCGCUCAAGUCCUCCUCCAACGGCCGCUACGGCUACGGCCGCUCCGGCGACCCUACCAAGAAGUCGCGGACCACGGCGACGGUGACCACCAACACGCGCGGCCGCAGCGGGACGACGAACCGCGACAACGCCUUCCAGCUCAAGAACAUGAAGGGCCGCUCCGAGAUCAGGGGCCACUCGCCGACAACGAGCGAGGAGGAGAUCAUGACGUACGACGGCAUCAUGCGCACGACCGAGGUGAACAUUGUGUACGACGACAAGAGGGACUCCACGCCGAGGCCGCCGCCAGCCGGGGGCAGGGCGCCGCCACCACCGAUGGAUAGGGGCCCCGGGAGGAGUCAUUACGAUACCAAGCUGUACUCGACCAACAGCUCAGAGAGUUUCUGA